UCUCCGCUGGAACUCCUGCAGAAGGAUCUGAGGGGAGGAUCAGGCAUGGCGGCGCUGUUAGGAGGCGUGGGUCGGGUCGGUUCUGUGUUUACCGGGAGAUCCGAGCUUCUGCUGCACUGGAACCGACUCUCUGUGAAUCCCAGCCGGAGGAUCCGCUUUCUCAGGAGGAAACCUGUGGCGGUACUUCAUCCAGACGGAGAACUGGAGACCCGGGUCAGGACUAAUAAACCCGCUGAGAGAAACACACAGAGCUCAGACCACCUGAACCUAAAGCACAACCUGAAACAGAACCUUCACCAGAAGCACGGGGGAGUAAACACACCAGCAGCUCCCAGAACCUCCGCUCAGCCCCACCAACCCUCUCCUGACCCCGGCCUGAAGGUCCAGCUCGGGGGGCUGCGGUACGAGACAGCCAGACCUGGAGACAAGAGACUGGCGAAAGUGGCGAGCAUUGCCCAGUCUAGAGUGUUCCGUGAGCAGCAGGGUAAAGUUCUGCUGGAGGGAAGGCGUCUGAUCUGCGAUGCUCUGGCUGCAGGAGCUUCUCCUCAGACGCUGUUCUUCAGCCGGGUGGAGCGGCUCGGGGAGCUUCCUCUGGACAGGCUGGGUCAGGCUUCGCUGGUCAAGGUCAAGUUUGAGGACAUUAAGAUCUGGUCUGAUCUGUCUGCUCCACAGGGGGUUAUAGCCAUUUUCUCGAAGCCGGAUGCGUCACGCCUUAAAUUUCCCAGAGAUCUGCGACUGCAGACUGUGCCUUUUUUCCUGAUCUGUGACACUAUUAAGGACCCUGGCAAUCUGGGGACAAUCCUCCGUUGUGCAGCUGCAGCUGGUUGUGAACGCGUCCUCCUCAAUAAAGGCUGUGUGGACGCCUGGGAGCCGAAGGUACUUCGUGCUGCAAUGGGGGCCCAUUUCCGGCUCCCUAUAUUCCCUGGUUUGGACUGGAAUGAUAUUCUGGAGCACUUACCCCAUCCAGUGACUGUCCACGUAGCAGAUCCCACCAACCAGCUUAUGAUGCGUCAGGCUGUUCCCCAGUCAGGAGAUACCGGUUGUGAGGAGUAUGUUGAAUCAGACUCUGAAGAUGAAAGUGAGGAUGAGGGUCUACCACUAUCUGUGGAGCCCAAGCCCUACCAUGAGAACUGGGCCCAGAGGAGCACGGCUCUGGUGAUUGGUGGAGAGGCACACGGACUGAGCUGUGAAGCUCUCGAGCUGGCCGAGGAAACCAGGGGUCAUAAACUGUUUGUUCCGAUGGCUCCAGGAGUGGAAUGUCUGAAUUCAGCAAUGACUGCUAGUAUUCUACUGUUUGAAGGUAGGAGACAACUGAUGAAGUUGGUUCAGAAAUCCAGCAGAAGACCUGUACGAUCUGCAACACGCCGCUGAGUGGCUACACUAUAGCUCAUUAUAGAGUUAAUAUUUAAUAAAAGUGUAAAGAAUAACAAAUAAUGUGAAAAUAGUUCUUUUUUUGUUCUCUACUCCAAUUGAUUCAUUUUGGGCUGUGCAGUUUACAGAUGCAUCUCAAACAAGUUAGAAUAUUAUAAAAUUAGAAUAUUAUAGAAGACCAGUUGGUACUUUUGGCAGUUUGGAGAGUCUGCCAAGUCCUGCUGGAAAAUAAAAUCCCUAGUAUCUCCAUAAAGCUCGUCAUCCUCAAACCAUCAGUGACCACCAUUUCAUUUGGAAAUCAUGGGUACAGUGUCUGAAGGAAAAGCCCAGAGUCCUCAAGGUACUUGAGGCCUAAAGUGAAGUUUUCACAAUAAUCUGCUGUCGGAAAAGGGCACCCUUUCUACAGUCAUUAAAUAGAAAUAUAUAAAUGCAUAUAAUGCUGCUUUAAGUCUGCUAUAUUUUUUUGACUUGUAAAAUAUUUCCAUAUAUUAACAGUAACUGUUCUAUCUAAAGGCUUUUAAUGAAUUUCAAUGGCACUGUCCAAUGAAAAACAAGUAUGUCCAUAUUUUACUAUUUUAAUUGUCCCUUACACAGUGUCAAAAUAUCUUGAGGAAAUUCUCCAAAAUGACCUGAAAACUAUUUUUACACUGACUUCCAUUAUAGUCCAUUGAAAUAUAAGAAGGUUAUAUAUCUCUUCUGGAAAAUUGCUGUUUUGGAGAUAAUUUUUUUUUAUUGGACAGCUAAAGUAUAGUAUAUUAUCAUUGAUUGCUUGAAUUUUGUUUUAAUCUAUUGUUUGUGCAAUAUGAAUGAAUAGACUAUGAUACUAUGAACUAUGAUAUGAGUACACAGUAAAAUAACACUGUAAUAAGUUAGACAUCUCAUUCAUAGUCAGCCUUCUUUGAUUUCAGUGCUGCAAUAGCCUAUACAAUUGCAGCAAUAACACGAUCACAAUACAGUGGUGUGGAAAAAGUGUUUGCCCCUUUAUGAUUUCUUAUAUUUUUGCAUGUUUGUCACUCUUAAAUGUUUGAGAUAAUUAAAAUAACAAAUAUGAGUCAAAGACAACACAAAAUGAAAACAAAAGGAAAGGGAAAGGAAGGGUUUUUUUUUUUAUCACUAAGGGAAAAAAAAAGUUCAAUUUCUCUAGCCACACCCAGGCCUGAUUACUGCCAUACCUGUUCUCAAUUAAGACAUCACUUAAAUAGAAACUGCCUGACAAAGUGGAAGUCCACCAAAAGAUACUCAAAAA